AUGAAUCCCGAAGCAGCGUUCCCUACCGCGCCGAGCGCGGUUCCCUGCACUUCCCAUGCAGGUGUCAAGACGGAGACGAAGGAAAGGCACGUGAUAUCAAAAAUCACUAUCCCCGAUUUCGACGCGGACGAUGUCGAUACCUGGUUCCUCUGUCUGGAAGCAGCAUUUAGCGUAAACGACGUAAAAUCGGACAGGCAAAAGUUCAACACCAUCAUCGUGGCGCUUGGUAACCGUGCCAAAUAUGUUUAUGAAGCCAUCGCUAAGUGCAACAAAAGCGAGAUCAUCGAUCGUUACCAGACGCUGAAAAACACCGUACUGGCGUAUUUCCAGCCAUCGGAAAACCAACGCUUAACCAGCCUCCUAUCUGGCAUUUCCUUGGGCGACCGGAAGCCUAGCAUGCUGCUGUCCGAGAUGCGAAGGUUAGGCGGAGAAGAAUGUCCAGAAAGUGUGUUGCUCAACUUAUGGCUCCGCGCACUGCCAAGCACCGUGCGAUCUAUCAUCACUGCCAUACCCAACGCAAAGCUCGACGAUCAGGCGAACGUGGCCGACAAAAUCAUGGAGAUCCACGUACCGACAUUGCUGUAG